GUGAGCCUGGCCCGGGCCGUGUACUCCAACGCUGACAUUUACCUCUUCGAUGAUCCCCUCUCAGCAGUGGAUGCCCAUGUGGGAAAACACAUCUUUGAAAAUGUGAUUGGCCCCAAGGGGAUGCUGAAGAACAAGACGCGAAUCUUGGUCACGCAGAGCAUGAGCUACUUGCCGUAGGUGGACGUCAUCAUCGUCAUGAGUGGCGGCAAGAUCUCUGAGAUGGGCUCCUACCAGGAGCUGCUGGCCCGAGACGGCGCCUUCGCCGAGUUCCUGCGUACCUAUGCCAGCACAGAGCAGGAGCAGGACGCAGAGGAGAACGUGACCUUGAGGAACCCUGGGAGCUCAGGAAGGAAGGAGCGCCCAGAAGCAGGGACAGGGAGCUGGUUGGGGAGGACCAGAAAUCAGGUUAUCGAUACUCUGGCUGACCAUCAUCAUCGUGGGACUGACUUUGGUGGAAGUCCUUGGUUAGAUAUCAUUAUUGAAUUUCCGAGAAGUUAUAAAGUUUUCAUUAUCCUCUGGACAGUUUACCUUUGGUUGUCUUUCCUGAAGACUAUCUUCCAGUCUGAAAAGGGACAUGAUGGAUCCACAGAUGUACAGCAGAGAGCCUGGAGGUCCAACCGCCGUAGACAGGAAGGGCUGAGGUCCAUUUGUAUGCACACAAAGAAAAGAGUUUCUUCCUUUCCAGGAAAUAAAAUUGGCCGGAAAGACGUCAUUACUCUAUGGAGACAUGUGAAAACAAAAGUUACGCCUAAAAUCCGUAAGAUGAAGGUGACAACGAAAAUCAACCAUCAUGACAAAAUCAGUGGAAAGAGGAAGACCGCCAAAAAACAGAAAAUGUUUCAACGUGCGCAAGAGUUGCGGCGGCGGGCAGAGGACUACCACAAACGCAAAAUCCCCCCUUCUGCAAGAAAGCCUCUUUGCAACUGGGUCAGAAUGGCGGCAGCGGAGCAUCGUCAUUCUUCAGGAUUGCCCCACUGGCCCUACCUCACAGCUGAAACUUUAAAAAACAGGAUGGGCCACCAGCCACCUCCUCCAACUCAACAACAUUCUAUAACUGAUAACUCCCUGAGCCUCAAGACACGUGCCGAAUGUCUGGUCUAUCCCCUUCCACCCUCAGCGGAUGAUAAUCUCACGACGCCUCCCGAGUGUUUCCUCACUCCUCUUCCACCCUCAGCUCCACCCUCAGCGGAUGAUAAUCUCAAGACACCUCCCUUAGCUACUCAGGAGGCUGAGGCAGAAAAACCACCCAAACCCGAGAGAGAGAGGGCCGCUGACGUGGAACCACCACCGAAACCCGAGAGGCAGAGGGCCGCUGACGUGCAACCAUCACGGAAACCCGAGAGGCGGAGGACCACUGACGUGCAACCAUCACGGAAACCCGAGAGGCGGAGGGCCGCAGUGGAUAAGACACCUGCCGAGUUUCUGGUCUAUCCCCUUCCACCCUCAGCGGAUGAUAAUCUCGAAACGCCUCUCGAGUGUCUCCUCGCUCCUCUUCCACCCUCACGUCUAUCCCCAGCUCCACCCUCAGCGGAUGAUAAGACACCUGCCGAGUUUCUGGUCUAUCCCCUUCCACCCUCAGCGGAUGAUAAUCUCGAAACGCCUCUCAAGUGUCUCCUCACUCCUCUUCCACCCUCAGCUCCACCCUCAGCGGAUGAUAAUCUCAAGACACCUCCCUUAGCUACUCAGGAGGCUGAGGCAGAAAAACCACCCAAACCCGAGAGACAGAGGGCCGCUGACGUGGAACCACCACCGAAACCCGAGAGGUGGAGGGCCGCUGACGUGCAACCAUCACGGAAACCCGAGAGGCGGAGGACCACUGAUGUGCAACCAUCACGGAAACCCGAGAGGCGGAGGACCACUGACGUGCAACCAUCACGGAAACCCGAGAGGCGGAGGGCCGCAGUGGAUAAGACACCUGCCGAGUUUCUGGUCUAUCCCCUUCCACCCUCAGCGGAUGAUAAUCUCGAAAUGCCUCUCGAGUGUCUCCUCACUCCUCUUCCACCCUCACCUCCACCCUCAGCGGAUGAUAAUCUCAAGACACCUCCCUUAGCUACUCAGGAGGCUGAGGCAGAAAAACCACCCAAACCCGAGAGACAGAGGGCCGCUGACGUGGAACCACCACCGAAACCCGAGAGGCGGAGGGCCGCUGACGUGCAACCAUCAUGGAAACCCGAGAGGCGGAGGACCACUGACGUGCAACCAUCACGGAAACCCGAGAGGCGGAGGGCCGCAGUGGAUAAGACACCUGCCGAGUUUCUGGUCUAUCCCCUUCCACCCUCAGCGGAUGAUAAUCUCGAAAUGCCUCUCGAGUGUCUCCUCACUCCUCUUCCACCCUCACCUCCACCCUCAGCGGAUGAUAAUCUCAAGACACCUCCCUUAGCUACUCAGGAGGCUGAGGCAGAAAAACCACCCAAACCCGAGAGACAGAGGGCCGCUGACGUGGAACCACCACCGAAACCCGAGAGGCGGAGGGCCGCUGACGUGCAACCAUCAUGGAAACCCGAGAGGCGGAGGACCGCUGACGUGCAACCAUCACGGAAACCCGAGAGGCGGAGGGCCGCAGUGGAUAAGACACCUGCCGAGUUUCUGGUCUAUCCCCUUCCACCCUCAGCGGAUGAUAAUCUCGAAAUGCCUCUCGAGUGUCUCCUCACUCCUCUUCCACCCUCACCUCCACCCUCAGCUCCACCCUCAGCGGAUGAUAAUCUCAAGACACCUCCCUUAGCUACUCAGGAGGCUGAGGCAGAAAAACCACCCAAACCCGAGAGACAGAGGGCCGCUGACGUGGAACCACCACCGAAACCCGAGAGGCGGAGGGCCGCUGACGUGCAACCAUCACGGAAACCCGAGAGGCGGAGGACCACUGACGUGCAACCAUCACGGAAACCCGAGAGGCGGAGGGCCGCAGUGGAUAAGACACCUGCCGAGUUUCUGGUCUAUCCCCUUCCACCCUCAGCGGAUGAUAAUCUCGAAAUGCCUCUCGAGUGUCUCCUCACUCCUCUUCCACCCUCACCUCCACCCUCAGCGGAUGAUAAUCUCAAGACACCUCCCUUAGCUACUCAGGAGGCUGAGGCAGAAAAACCACCCAAACCCGAGAGACAGAGGGCCGCUGACGUGGAACCACCACCGAAACCCGAGAGGCGGAGGGCCGCUGACGUGCAACCAUCAUGGAAACCCGAGAGGCGGAGGACCACUGACGUGCAACCAUCACGGAAACCCGAGAGGCGGAGGGCCGCAGUGGAUAAGACACCUGCCGAGUUUCUGGUCUAUCCCCUUCCACCCUCAGCGGAUGAUAAUCUCGAAAUGCCUCUCGAGUGUCUCCUCACUCCUCUUCCACCCUCACCUCCACCCUCAGCGGAUGAUAAUCUCAAGACACCUCCCUUAGCUACUCAGGAGGCUGAGGCAGAAAAACCACCCAAACCCGAGAGACAGAGGGCCGCUGACGUGGAACCACCACCGAAACCCGAGAGGCGGAGGGCCGCUGACGUGCAACCAUCAUGGAAACCCGAGAGGCGGAGGACCACUGACGUGCAACCAUCACGGAAACCCGAGAGGCGGAGGGCCGCAGUGGAUAAGACACCUGCCGAGUUUCUGGUCUAUCCCCUUCCACCCUCAGCGGAUGAUAAUCUCGAAAUGCCUCUCGAGUGUCUCCUCACUCCUCUUCCACCCUCACCUCCACCCUCAGCUCCACCCUCAGCGGAUGAUAAUCUCAAGACACCUCCCUUAGCUACUCAGGAGGCUGAGGCGGAAAAACCACCCAAACCCGAGAGACAGAGGGCCGCUGACGUGGAACCACCACCGAAACCCGAGAGGCGGAGGGCCGCUGACGUGCAACCAUCACGGAAACCCGAGAGGCGGAGGGCCGCUGACAUGCAACCAUCACGGAAACCCGAGAGGCGGAGGACCACUGACGUGCAACCAUCACGGAAACCCGAGAGGCAGAGGGCCGCAGUGGAUAAGACACCUGCCGAGUUUCUGGUCUAUCCCCUUCCACCCUCAGCGGAUGAUAAUCUCGAAAUGCCUCUCGAGUGUCUCCUCACUCCUCUUCCACCCUCACCUCCACCCUCAGCGGAUGAUAAUCUCAAGACACCUCCCUUAGCUACUCAGGAGGCUGAGGCAGAAAAACCACCCAAACCCGAGAGACAGAGGGCCGCUGACGUGGAACCACCACCGAAACCCGAGAGGCGGAGGGCCGCUGACGUGCAACCAUCAUGGAAACCCGAGAGGCGGAGGACCACUGACGUGCAACCAUCACGGAAACCCGAGAGGCGGAGGGCCGCAGUGGAUAAGACACCUGCCGAGUUUCUGGUCUAUCCCCUUCCACCCUCAGCGGAUGAUAAUCUCGAAACGCCUCUCGAGUGUCUCCUCGCUCCUCUUCCACCCUCACGUCUAUCCCCAGCUCCACCCUCAGCGGAUGAUAAGACACCUGCCGAGUUUCUGGUCUAUCCCCUUCCACCCUCAGCGGAUGAUAAUCUCGAAACGCCUCUCGAGUGUCUCCUCACUCCUCUUCCACCCUCACCUCCACCCUCAGCUCCACCCUCAGCGGAUGAUAAUCUCAAGACACCUCCCUUAGCUACUCAGGAGGCUGAGGCAGAAAAACCACCCAAACCCGAGAGACAGAGGGCCGCUGACGUGGAACCACCACCGAAACCCGAGAGGCGGAGGGCCGCUGACGUGCAACCAUCACGGAAACCCGAGGGGCGGAGGGCCGCUGACGUGCAACCAUCAGGGAAACCCGAGAGGCGGAGGACCACUGACGUGCAACCAUCACGGAAACCCGAGAGGCGGAGGGCCGCAGUGGAUAAGACACCUGCCGAGUUUCUGGUCUAUCCCCUUCCACCCUCAGCGGAUGAUAAUCUCGAAACGCCUCUCGAGUGUCUCCUCGCUCCUCUUCCACCCUCACGUCUAUCCCCAGCUCCACCCUCAGCGGAUGAUAAGACACCUGCCGAGUUUCUGGUCUAUCCCCUUCCACCCUCAGCGGAUGAUAAUCUCGAAACGCCUCUCGAGUGUCUCCUCACUCCUCUUCCACCCUCACCUCCACCCUCAGCUCCACCCUCGGCGGAUGAUAAUCUCAAGACACCUCCCUUAGCUACUCAGGAGGCUGAGGCAGAAAAACCACCCAAACCCGAGAGACAGAGGGCCGCUGACGUGGAACCACCACCGAAACCCGAGAGGCGGAGGGCCGCUGACGUGCAACCAUCAUGGAAACCCGAGAGGCGGAGGGCCGCUGACGUGCAACCAUCAGGGAAACCCGAGAGGCGGAGGACCACUGACGUGCAACCAUCACGGAAACCCGAGAGGCGGAGGGCCGCAGUGGAUAAGACACCUGCCGAGUUUCUGGUCUAUCCCCUUCCACCCUCAGCGGAUGAUAAUCUCGAAACGCCUCUCGAGUGUCUCCUUGCUCCUCUUCCACCCUCACGUCUAUCCCCAGCUCCACCCUCAGCGGAUGAUAAGACACCUGCCGAGUUUCUGGUCUAUCCCCUUCCACCCUCAGCGGAUGAUAAUCUCGAAACGCCUCUCGAGUGUCUCCUCACUCCUCUUCCACCCUCACCUCCACCCUCAGCUCCACCCUCAGCGGAUGAUAAUCUCAAGACACCUCCCUUAGCUACUCAGGAGGCUGAGGCAGAAAAACCACCGAAACCCGAGAGGCGGAGGGCCACUGAUGCGCAGCCAUCACGGAAACCCGAGAGGCGGAGGGCCGCUGACCUGGAAUCACCACCGAAACCCGAGAGGCGGAGCGCCGCUGACGCGCAGCCGUCGCCGAAACCCGAGAGGCGGAGCACCGCUGACGUACAGCCGUCGCCGAAACCUGAGAGGCGGAGGGCCGCUGACCUGGAAUCACCACCGAAACCCGAGAGGCGGAGGGCCGCUGACCUGGAAUCACCACCGAAACCCGAGAGGCGGAGCGCCGCUGACGCGCAGCCGUCGCCAAAACCCGAGAGGCGGAGCGCCGCUGACGUGCAGCCGUCGCCGAAACCUGAGAGGCGGAGCGCCGCUGACGUUCAACCAUCACCAAAACCCGAGAGGCGGAGGGCCGCUGACGCGCAGCCGUCGCCGAAACCUGAGAGGCGGAGGGCCGCUGACCUGGAAUCACCACUGAAACCCGAGAGGCGGAGCGCCGCUGACGUUCAACCAUCACCAAAACCCGAGAGGCGGAGGGCCGCUGACCUGGAAUCACCACCGAAACCCGAGAGGCGGAGCGCUGCUGACGCGCAACCAUCACCGAAACCCGAGAGGCGGAGCGCCGCUGACGCGCAACCAUCACUGAAACCCGAGAGGCGGAGCGCCGCUGACGUACAGCCGUCGCCGAAACCUGAGAGGCGGAGGGCCGCUGACCUGGAAUCACCACCGAAACCCGAGAGGCGGAGGGCCGCUGACCUGGAAUCACCACCGAAACCCGAGAGGCGGAGGGCCGCUGACCUGGAAUCACCACCGAAACCCGAGAGGCGGAGCGCCGCUGACGUUCAACCAUCACCAAAACCCGAGAGGCGGAGCGCUGCUGACGCGCAACCAUCACCGAAACCCGAGAGGCGGAGCGCCGCUGACGCGCAACCAUCACCGAAACCCGAGAGGCGGAGCGCCGCUGACGCGCAGCCGUCGCCGAAACCUGAGAGGCGGAGGGCCACUGACCUGGAAUCACCACCGAAACUCGAGAGGCGGAGCGCCGCUGACACGCAACCAUCACCGAAACCCGAGAGGCGGAGCGCCGCUGACGCGGAACCAUCAUCACCCGAACCCAAGAGGCGGAGGGUCGCUGACGAACCGCCAUGCAAACCCCCACGCAAACCCAAGAGGCGGAGGGCCGCUGACAGGGAACGGCCACACAAACCCCCACGCAAACCCAAGAGGUGGAGCGCCGCUGAGGCGCAGCCGUCGCCGAAACCUGAGAGGCGGAGCGCCACUGACGCGGAACCUCCACGCAAGCCCAAGAGGCGGAGGGCCGCUGACCGGAAACCAUCAUCACCCGAACCCAAGAGGCGGAGGGUCGCUGACGUGGAACCGCCACACAAACCCAAGAGGCGCAGGGUCGCUGACGUGAGACGGCCACGCAAACCCCCACGCAAACCCAAGAGGUGGAGCGCCGCUAAGGCGCAGCCGUCGCCGAAACCCGAGGGGCGGAGCGCCGCUGAGGCGCAGCCGUCGCCGAAACCCGAGGGGCGGAGCGCCGCUGAGGCGCAGCCGUCGCCGAAACCCGAGGGGCGGAGCGCCGCUGACGCGCAGCCGUCGCCGAAACCCGAGGGGCGGGGCGCCGCUGACGCGCAGCCGUCGCCGAAACCCGAGGGGCGGAGCACCGCUGACGCGCAAGCAUCACCGAAAUCCGAGAGGCGGAGCGCCGCUGAGGCGCAGCCGUCGCCGAAACCCGAGAGGCGGAGCGCCGCUGACACGCAGCCAUCACUGAAACCUGAGAGGCGGAGCGUCGCUGACCUGGAAUCACCACCGAAACCCGAGAGGCGGAGCGCCGCUGAGGCGCAGCCGUCGCCGAAACCCGAGAGGCGGAGCGCCGCUGACACGCAGCCAUCACCGAAACCCGAGAGGCGGAGCGUCGCUGACACGCAGCCAUCACCGAAACCCGAGAGGCGGAGCGCUGCUGACACGCAGCCAUCACCGAAACCCGAGAGGCGGAGCGUCGCUGACACGCAGCCAUCACCGAAACCUGAGAGGCGGAGCGUCGCUGACACGCAGCCAUCACCGAAACCCGAGAGGCGGAGCGUCGCUGACCUGGAAUCACCACCGAAACCCGAGAGGCGGAGCGCCGCUGACACGCAGCCAUCACCGAAACCUGAGAGGCGGAGCGUCGCUGACACGCAGCCAUCACCGAAACCUGAGAGGUGGAGCGUCGCUGACCUGGAAUCACCACCGAAACCCGAGAGGCGGAGCGCCGCUGACCUGGAAUCACCACCGAAACCCGAGAGGCGGAGCGCCGCUGAGGCGCAGCCGUCGCCGAAACCCGAGAGGCGGAGCGCCGCUGACACGCAGCCAUCACCGAAACCUGAGAGGCGGAGCGUCGCUGACACGCAGCCAUCACCGAAACCUGAGAGGCGGAGCGUCGCUGACACGCAGCCAUCACCGAAACCCGAGAGGCGGAGCGUCGCUGACCUGGAAUCACCACCGAAACCCGAGAGGCGGAGCGCCGCUGAGGCGCAGCCGUCGCCGAAACCCGAGAGGCGGAGCGCCGCUGACACGCAGCCGUCGCCGAAACCCGAGAGGCGGAGCGCCGCUGACGCGCAGCCGUCGCCGAAACCCGAGAGGCGGAGCGCCGCUGAUGCGCAGCCGUCGCCGAAACCCGAGAGGCGGAGCGCCGCUGACGCGGAACCGCCUCGCAAACGCAAGAGGCGGAGGGCAGCGGACAUUGAACUAUCAUCACCCGAACCCAAGAGGCGGAGGAUCGGUGACGUGGAACGGCCACGCAAACCCAAGAGGCCGAGGGCCGCCGACGUGGAACCAUCAUUACCCGAACCCAAGAGGCGGAGGGUCGGUGACGUGGAACUGCCACGCAAACGCAAGAGGCCGCAGGCCGCCGACGUGGAACCAUCAUUACCCGAACCCAAGAGGCGGAGGUUGAAUUAGGUGAGAACAGGCCAUUGCACUCAAGCCUGAGCAAUAAGAAUAAAACUGAGUAGAACAAAAUAAAAAAAUCAAAAAACAAAACAAAACCCACACUCCAAAAACAAAGAAUAAAUAAAUAAUAUAAAAAUAAAAUAAA